AUGGCGAUACCGAACGCGGCACUUCAGAAGUUACUUCAGGAGGUCGAAGCACAGGCCGUGCUUUCCCAACAGAAGAUCACACAGACACAGGCAGAACUCACUGCAAAACGCCGUGACGCCAGAUUGAACCAAUUAACUUCCAAUGAGCUCAAAUCUCUGUCUAAAGACACGAAUGUUUACGAAGGUGUUGGGAAAUUGUUCGUUGCUGUGCCCAUGACAGCGCUCAAUGAACGGUUAUCGUCUGAGUCGGCUGCUCUGCAGAAGAUUAUCGCCGACCUGGACAAGAAACUACACUACCAAGAGACAACAUUCAAGAACAGUCGACAACAUAUUGAGAAGAUCCUGCAAACUGGUGCUCGCUGA